AUGGAUCAAAAUUCUGUUUCACCAGAAGUUGUUGUGGAAAAGAAAUCGGGAUCGAUAUCUGACAAUGGGAAAACAAAUGAAGAAAAUGCCUCAAAACCACAAGUUAAACAGACGAGUACUCAUUAUACUCCCAAAUUAAUUACAUCAUUGGAUUGUAAAAUUCUACAAUAUCAAUAUAACAUUUACAAAUUAGAAAAAUCAAUCAGUCAUAUACGGAAACUCCAAACUGAAUGUCAAGGAUCACCUAAUUUACCUUUGCUUCAUUAUAUUGUAUUAUUGGUAGGGUGUACAUUUUCUAUCAAUGACAAAGCAUUCGACCCCAAAUUAGAUAUUUUAUCCAAUUUUCAAUUAUUUAGAAGUACAACCAUUAACAUAACAGCCACAACCUCGCAUAUUCCAUACGAUACACCAGAUUUACCAAUCACACCAUUGAAUGAUAUUCCGGAAAUAUCGACAUCAAUCAAAUGUUUAAAACAAUUAGAGUCAUUAUGCAACACUUGUCUACAGGGAUACAAGAAGAAAUUGGAUCAAGCAAAAGUCGAAAAAUCAAAUGAACUUGGAAAUGUUGACUCAAUAGAUGCUUAUUAUAGUACAAUUGAAAAAAUAGUUUCAAAUGACAUUUUUAAUAACGAUAUUGACUUGGUUUUCUCUGAUUCUACAUUUACUUUACCUAUAGAUAACGUUGACUUAAUGGCCAAUGAGAAUUUCCAAGAAGCUACGUUGAUUGAUAUGGACAUUAAAGAACUUUUCAUUAUUGUUCAAUAUAUUGAACGACUGUUGAAUUUUUUGAAACCUACCAUCACCAAAUUGAAACAACCUCAAUGUUCCGACCCAUAUGCUCUUCAUAAGAUUUUCCUUCUUACUCAAAGAUUAAAUGAUAUUUAUACAAUUGUACGAAGAUACGGAAGAAAAAUCUAUCUUUCAAAUUAUCAACAUUUAACUGAUUCGAAAUUUUUAUUCCAUUGUAAGAAUCCACAAUUUUUCAAAAAUAACAUCCUAAAGGAUAUGAAUGAUUUUUUCAAUUCAAUGAAGAAAAAUGGUACUUUGAUUGCUAACUUGACAAGAUUUGUUCGUCAAGAUUCCCGGUUUGAAACCAAUUCUAAAAAUAUCACAAAUAAUAUGAAUUUCACUAAUCAAGGAUUAUUAACAGUUGAAACCACAAUAACUAAACUUAAAGAAUUUGGUAUGAGUUGGUUAGUUAGUGAAUUGAGAUUUAGAAGAGUGUAUCAAUUGCCGAAAAAGAAUUUAUUUGAUAUAUAUCAAACAGUUCCUGAAUUCAAACAACGCACAACCCCUCCUACUGUGCUGAUAACAGGACCAAAUCCACUGCUGUCUCCAGCAAGUGCAAGUACAAAUACAAGUAAAUCAAAAACAGACAAUUCUACUCCAAAUGGUAGUCAACCAGCAAAGAAACCACUCGAGAAACUGGAAACGAAUAAUGAGGGAACAAAAUCGAGGUCAAGAUCUUCAUCAGUGUCAAGUAUUACUAGUAAUGGAUCAUCUUCAGGGUUAAUGAGAAGGGGAUCAAUUUCUUCUCCAAUCAAACCUUCACCUUUGUCAUUACCACAAAAUGGAAGAAACUCACCUAGAACAAGUAGACCCAACUCGAUGUUAUUUUUACAUCCAAAUUCAUCAACAUCAAAUUUAGAAAGUGAUCCCGAGAAAAAAUCAAGUGCCCCCUUAAGUCCAUCAACAGGGCCAGGGGCAGGUACAAUUACUAGAAGAAGAUCCAAUUCUCAACCAAUUGGCAGAGAUGCAAUUAUUGCCACAUCUGGUGCCGCAACUGCACUCACCAGAAACAGUAGUUUAUCUUCACGCACAUCUUCACCAUUAAGAUCACCUAGUACAAGUAAUAACAUGACAGCAGGGUCACCAACAACAACAACAACAACAGAAAAGGCAUCAUCUCCCACUCCUAGUAGGAUAACCCAGAAGUUACUUAUGGUGCAAGAGGAAGAAACACCUUCUCUUGCUCAAAAAUCAGCUUCAGCAGCAACUAAAUUAUCAGCCUCACAAAGAUUUCAACAACGUGUCAGGGAAGCUGCCAAGAAUGGUGAUCUUGUCACGCAGAAAAAGGAAACUUUCACUUCUGUUACUUUUGAUCCUAAUGAUACUUCCAAAUUAUCAAUACGUAAAUAUUCUGAAAUUCCCACAUCACCAGAAACAGAAGUGCAAGCGAAAGAGGAAGAGCCAGUACCAGUUAAAGUUGCAGUUGCACCACAAAGAAGAACUAGAGAUCAAGUCACCCGUCAUAAUACUCAACGUAAUAGUCAUAUACCAAUGCCAAAGAAUACUGACACAAAAUCUUCAAACAGUUCAAUUGAUCAAAAGAGUAGCAGUAGCAAUAAUAGUACUGGAAGUGUUAGUAACUCAACUUCAACCACCACUACCACAACCACAAUUUCCAAAAAAGUUAGAUUUACAGGAGUUCCAGAAUGGACAGAAGCUGAAGAUGCCCCAACAAAAUAUUCUCAUGCUAUUUUAAGAAACUUUGCUGUGUUUCGACACCCUAUAAAGACUGCUAAAGCUCAUAAUUCCAAGAGUGAUCAAUUAUUACACGAGGAAAGUAUGUCUUUUAAAACAUCAACGGUUGUUGUUGAUGAUAAUGAGGUGAUGAUUGCACCUAAACCCAAAUCAGGAUUUUCUAGAAUCAAAAGUAGACUAAUAUGA